UUGUUUUGUUUUACUGUAAAAUCAAUCAGCAAUUCCAAUCAAAAAUAUAUCGCGAUCAUCAUCAUUAUUAUUAUGGCUACAAUCAUUGAGGGCACCCAAUAUGCAUUGAAUUCAUCAUUAGAAUUGAAUAAUAAAAAUCAAUCAGUCGUAUUUGUAAAGCUAACCGAUUCAGCAUUGAAAGCAAUCGAAGAUUAUACAUUGGCCAUUUCGAAAGGAAACGUAUCACAAAAUAUUAAAAAACCAUUGAUUGAACUACAGCCAAACAACUCACAGGGCAUAAUAACGAUACCGAAUUGUAAUGAAAAUGAACAACAACAGCAACCACAAUCAAAUGAUGAUAAAAAGGCACAAUGUUUUAAUUUUUCCACUAAAGAUAUACAGAAUGAUGGCGGUAUAUUGGAAUGUGUACGGCAAACAUCAAUGUCAAUGGAAUCAUUGGGUAAAAUAAUGUUACGUAUGCAGAUACAUGCAAAUGAUGAUGUAUAUCAAAAGACCAAAGUGAAAAUGGCCGUUGCUGCUGAACAGGAAAGUAAAAAAUAUAAUACCAAAGUGAUUGAAUUAAGUGGACGUAAAGUGAAAGCGAAAAAACCGUAUACUACUACGGCUAGUAGUGGUGGUGGAAAAUUUACUGGAACAAAUAAUUCAACUUCGACGGGUACAACAACAACUGGUAGCAAAAAUUCAUUGAUUCGUUUUAAUAAAUUUACAAAUAACAACAAUAAUAAUAAUAAUGUUGGUGGCAAUUUACAAUCGAAAUUAAUACCAGCCGAACAUUUACGUAAAGUCCGUGAAUUAUUGAUACAAUUAUUGGUGACAAAAUCCUGUAAUAAACCAGUGGAAUUAAUUCCAAAAGUACAGGAACGUUUCAAAGAGCUACCCAUCGAUAAACAACAGAUCAUACAGAUAUUGAAUACGAUUGCAACAUUUAAAGAAGGUAUCUAUCAAUUGAAUGAAUUGGCCGUUGCUGAAGAAGCGUUACAGCAAUUUGGAACGGAAAAACGUAAUAAUGGAACGGCGGCAAAUGUUUCCAUCACUGUGAAUGGUAGUGGCAUUGGUAGCAUUAAUAAUAAUAACAGCAGUAUUUCACCAUUUUCUGAUCAUUCAGCAAAAAGUAUAUCAUCACCAAAUAGUCUGAAUACAUCGCCAUCAACAUUAGCAUCAUCGAAUCAUAAGCAUUCUCCUUAUACAAAUAAUGGUGGUGUUACGGUUAAAUCAUCAAUGAAACGUAGUGGUUCAGAUUUUUUGACAACAACCAUUACUGCAGUAGGACAGAAAAAAUUUAAAAGUGAUAAUAUUGGUCGACAAAACAUUGCAACGGCUAAAUCAACAAUAAAUAAUCAAAGUGCAAUAACAUCAAGCUAUUCACCAUUCGAUAAAGUCCAAAAUCAAUCAGAACAAUCAUUGCAACAUGAUUCACCGGAUAUUGUUCGUGCACAAAAUAAUUCUUAUUUAAAAUCAAGCACUCAAUUUGAUGCAAUUAGUCAAUUGAUGAACGGUAAACCACCACCGCCACUACCAUCAUCAUCAUUGUCAAAAGAAUCGAAUAAUAGCCACCAUCAUCAACAUCAACAACAAUCAAAUCAUAGUCAUAAUCAACGGCAUUAUGGUAAUGGAUCAGGUUCAAUGAAUUCGACUCCAAAUUCAAGCCCCGAUUCGGAUAUUAGUCAUGUAGGUAAUGUUGCCAGUUCUGAUUCAAGUCAAAACAAUGACGCAGAUGAUUAUCUAAGUAAAUACCCGAAAAUAAAAGACAUGAAUCAAUUGAUUCAAUAUAGACGUGAUUUUGAGGCUGAAUUUCCUGAAUAUAAAAAGCUUUAUGAAUAUGUUGAAGGAGUUGCAAGACAAUUUGAAGAAUUAAAAGAACGUAUACAGGCCAAGGAAGAAGAAUCCGAUGAAUGGCAUGAAUUAAUUCGGCAAAUAUUUGACAAAUAUGAUGAAGUUAAAAAUCGUUCCAAAUAUCAACGUGCACAGAAACGACUUAUUUAUUUACAUUAUAAAUUAUUACACAUCAAAAAUCAGAUUACGGAAUAUUAUCGUAAUAAUGGCGGUGGUUGUAGUGAUAAACAACAUCUUCAUCAAACAUCGUUUAUCAAUAAUAAAAAUUCUCAGCUAAAAUUAUCAUAAUCAAGAGCAAAUAUUGUGUCGUGAGACUAGUCAAAUUGAAUUUUGCAUUUGUGGGAAAAAAACGAAAAUGAAAUGGAUUCGUAUGAUAGAUGGAUAAAAACAGAAGAAAUGCGAAGAAAACAAGUGCCAAUAUUGGGAUUUUUUUUUCAUUUGAACCUGAUAACUAGAAAAAAAACCAUUCAUUCCAAAAUUUAACCAUCCAAAUUUUCAACAAAUACACACACACACCGAAAACAAAAAGUUAAUUGGGGUGUGUGUUGUUUGGAUUUGUUAUAUAUAAAAAAAACAACAUUGAAUGACAGUAAAUUUCUAUCGAUAAUGAAAACUCA